AUGAACUCUAGAGGCGGGAAGACAGCAGCCAUGACGAUCAUCGUGAGGUCAGAAAAGCUCAAUAACCUGGUGCCUUCUGCAAAGAAGAUGAAGAAACUCCAGGCCAGGCAGUCAGAGAGCAGUAUGCACUGGGCUAAGGAUAUAUCUACGAAGCUCGAGACCAAGGUCCAGAGCAAAAUUCACGGAAGCAAGGAUAAAUCCAGUGACAUGGCUACUAGAGGCCGUAUGACGACGACAAGCGCGAGACCUAGGGUCCCACCCCUGCCUCCUUAUUCCCCUCUCGGAGGUUUGCAGGAGCUCUUCAAGGAAGUUGGCGGAGCCUUUGGGUCUGGAAGGGAACUUGAACGUGAAGAAGAAGGCGACGGAGAACCUGAACUUGUUUCUCCGGUGACCCUUGCAUGUAGAUCCUGUGCUGCGACUAUGGGCGACAGUGUCGACGAUAGGCUAUGCGAUGACAGCAGUAUAUGCUGCCUGUCUCCUGCAACUGUGACUACCAUUGAGACUGGAUUUGGCAGCUGUAUGCAUAUCUCACACCGCGCUGCUCACGAACCUCCUUCAAAUGCAGCAGCUAACGAAUCGGCAAUCCUCCCCCUAUCCUUCGAUAACGAUCUCACAAGGAAGCAAACUGUUUAUUUCACGCUGGAUAACAAAAACCGGGCCUCGUCUGACCCCAAAUCACCAACAUCUCCAACAUGCUGCUCCGCAACUACUUGUUCUUCAAUAUACCCCUGGUCAUCAGUCAGCUGUUCUGGUGAACAAAUACCGCGGAAUUUACCCCCAAAAAUAACUGUGAAUGAACCUUUUUCACUUAACUCCGUCGACACUGUGAUCUCCAACGAUGAAUACCGAUCGGGGCACCCCACCCCUGCUGCCAACUUGAAGAGGAGAUUGACCAUUCGAGAAUCGAAAAUGAAGGCCCUGCCCCCAUAUCCGCCCCUGCCGGAGACAGUACUCACUCAGCCCCAGGCACCGGAACAGUCACUCAAACGCUCUAGAAAGGCUUCUCAUUCCACCCAUUCACCAAAAGCGCUCUGCCUACCACAAAUACCCCAAGAAAGCGAUUUUGAUAUGCUUGAUGAAACCUUCCAGCAAUCCAAUCGAAGUUCAUUGUUACCUUCAUUAGAAAAAGCAGCCGAAGACCUCGAAGCACAGCUUUUAGCGAUACCAUCGACUAAAGGAUCUCAACCAAACUCACGAUCCCGUUCUCCCUCCCCCGCUUAUCUGCAGCGAGCUAUUACCAACACUGAGAGCGAACAGGAAGCCGUUGCCGCCCCUGAAAUCCAAAACGACAACUCUCCAAGGAUGGAUCUGGCGCGUGGUAGUAUCGAACGCCUUCGUGAGAGUAUAGCGUCGAAACAAAUGGUUCAGCUGACCCGCACGAAAAACCAGAAGGGCGGGCAGUCUGGUUUUAAGGAAAGAUGGAGCCGUUUCUCUGCAUUCUCAAAGAAAGGAGAGCCAGGAAAAUCGAAGUCACAGCUGAAUUUACCUUCUCCCAAACUACUUCCAAUGCACACAAUCAAUCCGAUAGAAAAAUUAGAUUUUGGUUUGAAUGUGGUCCUCGACAUUCCUUCGGGUUUUGCAGAGCUCGAUGCAGACCCAUCACCACGAGAAGAGCCAAAGCCGACACAGGCUGCACCUCAUCCACUGCGACCGUUGGUCGACAGCGUUAUUCUCCGAAUAUUCGAAAAUGUCGGCUACUUUGACGAUUUGUUCAAUUUAGCGCUCUCAAAUAGAGCCUUUUAUCAGAUUUUCAAACAGAACGAGCUAGCCCUUGUUCGAAACACCUUAUCUUUGAUGUCCUUGCCAGCAUGGGAAUUGCGAGAGAUGACUCCGCCAUGGGAUGAUGACGGUGUCACUCGCCUUGCCGUCAGUGCGAGGGAUGAGCCUAUGCCUGAGUAUACUCCCCAACUAUAUCUCCAACAUUAUUCCAGAGAUCUUUACGCCAUGGCAGCUCUGAAGUCCAUGAUUCUUGUACACUGUGAGAGCUUUCUUCGAUUAGAAACCUCACGGGCAUUGGCAGGCUUGGAUGAGCAGCGCUCGGCAGAAAUGGACGAUGCAUUUUGGCGUGUAUGGACAUUCUGCUCUCUCUUCGGCUGUGGGAAAGGGAGAGAAAGCGAUAUCGAGGCUCAGGUUGACUGGCUCAGAGGUGGUAUACUGGCUGAGUCUGACACCAGACCGUCUGCAUCUAUCUUUAGCCCCAUGCCGUUCAUUAGCAACCUCCUGCUUGAUCCACCUCAGGGAUUUGCCAAAGGAAAUAAUGGCGGCUUAAGCACAGAACAACUAUGCGACAUGUCAGAGAUUUGGACUUGCCUUGCUAACCUUCUCAGUGUUUUCCAUGGCAAAUGUAAAUUGGCACGCAAAUACGGUGUCUUUGACAAUAAGGAUGUAACUCCAGGAGACGUUACACAUGAGGAGGCCUUGCUCGGUAAGUUUUUUCAACCCUUUCCUACCUUUUACAUGGACAGAGAACUAAUAAGCCUAAUAGAAGAGUGGACCCAAUAUCUCCUCACAUUAGGCCCUUAUGCCGUCCUUACUCUCAUUAGUUUUGCCCCUUCUACCCCUGUUGAACAAAAGUUCGCUCGUGCCAAAUCGCUAGGGUGGACCCGUUGGCAAGCCCCUGUGAAAUCGGAAAAUGAGCCGGUUAGACUGUUCUUCAAAGAAGCUGUCUCACGAGUUUGCCGAGAUCUCCCUUCACGACCAAGCUCCCUUUCCUCUUCUAACCCAUCAUCGUACUCCUCCGGAGCGUCUCCCCAAAGCUCAAGGUCAAAACGAAGUAGUCAAUCGAGCAUUACGAGCCAGAACAGCGCUCGUCGUCAAAGACAGGCUGGCUUCGCAGCUGAACUUCGCAACAGAAAAGUGUCUCUCGACACAGGGCUGGGUAUUGCUAAUGCCAUUCCCAAUUGUGACGAACGACCAACCCCAGUCUCUGAGGUGGUCGUUAACAAAUUCAUUUCCUCCGAAUUAGGGACACCAUUUCUCUAUCCCACUCCUCGAAUGCCGGCAUUCAGUCCAAGAAACCAAUCUCCAUCAUCCUCAAUCGUAUCAUCACCGCGACCAACACCGCCGCUAGUAGAGGAGAAAAUCUCCCAAGGCCGCCAACCAAUGCCAUCUACCAGCCGUCUUGCACUAUAUUACUCAAAUCAUCAGGAGCCAGUGGUCCCAGACCCAGCUGACCUGGCUCUGCAAAAGAUGGUGCAUGAACUAGGAUUUGACGAAGAAGAAGCCAAAUGGGCUCUGAAACGAACUGAUACCGGUGAAUCGGUCGAUAUCAAUGCUGCUGUACACCUCUUACUUGUCAAAUCCAGCAAGGCGAACUCUUCGUCUGUGGAAAUGGGCCUUAGACAGCGCGAAUCUAAUAUUCCGCAGACAAAGGCAGAUGAGGUCUACAGGCCUACCUGGAGAUGGGCGUAA